AUGCAGAGAGCGUGGUCGACAAGUCGCCAAGCAACGCAAGGUACCCUGUCUUGCGUCAAGGGCCAGGCGCCCUCGUCGAUGAGUGUCUCGACAGCCAAGAUCAGAUCCGUCGGCUCAGCGUCCGGACUAGCUCAUGCGAAUGCAGCCUACACUGGCUCCGAGACGGCGUGCAACACGAGCGACUUGACACGGAAGGCUACGCGCGCCAUCAACGGGGAAAUUGCGUGCCAGGAUGAUUGGCAGGGCGUGGAGCAGCUGCGUUGCAUGUCGGCGCAACAGCGAUUUUCGGUCGCCAAAGAGGGCCAAGUAGACUAUCACCGAUUCGCCGACGGCCAAGCUGCUCAGACUGCCAAAUCACACUCUGGCGCAGAGUACAUCACCCUCUUCUCGUCGCCCUUCUGUCCUUUCGUGCAACGUGCCUGGGUCUCGCUCGAGCACUCUGGCCUGCCGUACCACCUGACGGAGGUCGACGUCUAUGCGAAGCCGGACGAGCUCAUGCAAGUCAGUCCGAGAGGGCUUGUACCUGCUGUACGGUUGAACGAGCCCGACGGACCACCUCGUGGCAUUGCCGAAUCGACAGUCAUUCUUGACUACUUUGAGGAGACAGCGGCAGCUGCAGGCAAGCCGACUCUGCUGCCGGCUCUACUCAACGCGCACUCGAUCAACGAUGUGCUCUAUCAGCGCUCUGUGGCGAGAUUUGCAGCCGACCAAGUCAACAGGCACUUCAUACCUGCUUUCUAUCGUGCACUGCAAGCCCAAGAGCCAGAGAAGCAGACCGAGGGCAGAAAGGCACUCUCUGAAGCUUUCGAGAAGCUGACGAGCAUGCUCGCCAAAGCCUACAAAGACGAGCAAGACGCAAUGACAAAGCCAGACAUGAGCGCAGUCGGUCUCUAUGCACCCAAUGGCACGCUCGGCUACGUCGAUGUUCAUAUUGUACCCUGGGUGUUCCGCUGUACGAACGUGAUGAAGCACUACCGCGACUUUACAUUGCCUUGCGACGACGCUGCCAAGAGCUGGCUGGAUCGACUGCUAUCGCACAAGAGCGUGCUUGCCACUUGCUCGAGCGAGAAACUCUACCUGGACUCCUACGCUCGAUACGCCGAGAACCGGCCGAACACGUCCCAAGUCGCCAACUCGACCAAUGCAGGAUCAGGCUUACCAUAG